GGAACAGAUGCUUGGAAUGGAAUUGGGAUCCAAUUACUGCACUUUUCCAACCUUACAUCCAUUGUCUAAACUUGGAGCAGGCAUAUUUUUAUUCCCUGGUGACACUAUAUAAAGAGACAAUUGGCAUUGUGUUUGCUGGCUGGCUGGUUGGCAGAGGAGUGGAAGCAGCAGCAGCACUAUGGCUCCAAAAAAGGCAAAGAAGAAGAUAGAAGGUGGUUCCAAUGUAUUCUCUAUGUUUGAACAAACCCAGAUCCAGGAGUUCAAAGAGGCUUUUACCAUCAUGGAUCAGAACAGGGAUGGCUUUAUUGACAAAGCAGACUUGAGAGACACAUUUGCUGCCCUAGGUCGUCUGAAUGUCAAGAACGAGGAGCUUGAAGACAUGGUGAAGGAGGCGCCAGGUCCUAUUAACUUCACUGUCUUCCUUACUAUGUUUGGGGAAAAGCUGAAAGGCACGGACCCAGAGGAAACUAUUCUGAAUGCUUUCAAGAUUUUCGACCCAGAAGGAAAAGGCCACAUAAAGGCAGACUACAUCAAAGAAAUGCUUAUGACACAGGCAGACCGCUUCAGUCAGGAAGAGAUCAAACAGAUGUUCGCAGCUUUCCCUCCAGAUGUCUCUGGUAAUCUUGACUAUAAGAACCUCUGUUAUGUUAUCACCCAUGGUGAGGAGAAAGACUAAGAGGAAGAAAUGAGUUCCUCCUGUGGUGGUGCACCAAGUUGUUUCAUAAUGCUUUUGUGUGCGAGACAGAGGGCUAAGCAUUCAGUAUGCCUAGCCAUGUGGACAUCAGAAACGAACCAAUAAAACAAUCGAAAUUAGAUUAAAGUUAUUUAAUGCUCCUGUUUUUAUAGAAGAUGAAAAUACCAA